AUGAGAGCCGUACGCCUUCCUAUAAAGAAAUAUGUGAAGUGGCAGAAAGGACCAAUGUACUUGCCGUUCCCUAACAUAUUGAGAAUAUUCCGUGAAGUUCAUCUAAGUGGUGGAGAUUGGGAAAACGCAUUGCUCAACAACAUCAGCAAGCGCCACCUUCUAAGUCCAGAAGACCAGGAAGCGCAAGCACAAAUCGAAAGACACAAAUCGGCGAAAGAUUCGACAACGCGAGAGGGACGAGCUUAUAAGAACCAUCAAAGAAGCCACAGGCCAUUUGUAAUUUGCUCAAAAUUCAAGAGAUAG